CUUCCGCUCCAGAUACGUGAGGCCGCGGCCUUUAUUCCUCUCAGCAAGGUGUCUGUCUUUCCCCAGAAGAAGGAGGAGAAAAUGACCAAGUUCCAGGAAGCAGUGACAUUCAAGGACGUGGCUGUGGUCUUCAACGAGGAGGAGCUGGGGUUGCUGGACCUUGCCCAGAGGGAGCUGUACCGAGAUGUGAUGCUGGAGAACUUCAGGAACCUGGUGUCAAUGGGUCAUCAGCCUUUCAAACCAGACCUGAUAACCCAGUUGGAGAGAGAAGAAAAGCUUUUCAUGAUGGAGAAAGAAACCCAAAGAGGUGGAAGUUCAGGAAGCAAGAAUCAACAUAAGAUGGAGAGUAUUCAAGAAGUGGGAUCAAGCUACCUUUCCCCCAAAGAGCUUUCCUCUGGACAGACCUUGCAAAAAAGUGCAAGUGAAAUAACCAGGUGUCAGGAUUCCAUGAAAAAUGAUUCUCAGUUGCAAAAGCAAGGUGAUUCCCUCUGCCAGGUUUGGGCAGGAAUGCCAAUUCAGAUUUCUGAAGAUGAGAACUACAUAUUGACUCAUAAAGGGGAUGGUUCCAAUUAUAUAAAAAAUCAAGAGUUUCCAUCUUGGAGAGACCAGCAUUCUUGGAGGAAAUUAUAUUUGAUGGAGUCACAAAAUUCUCAGUGUAAAUGUCGGCACGUUCCCAUUAAAAAUAAUUUCUUUAAGUGUGACUGCAGCAGUUGGAUCACACAUCACAACAAUCUGGGAGUACACAAAACAGGAAAAAAUUAUAGCUGCCAUGAUUGUGGAAAAGACAUCAUGGAUGUAUCAUUACUUAAUCAGGACUUAGUUCAAACAGGACACAAGCCCUACCUGUGUAAUAGGUAUAGAAAAGCCUUCAGUGACAUUUCCAGCUCUGAAGUUCAUCGGCAGUUACACUUCGAAGGGAUGCCCCAUACAUGCAGUCAGUAUGGAAAGGGCUUCAGUAAUGGCUCAGUUCUUCAUAGUCAUCAAAGUGUUCAUAGAGAUGAUUGUGUGAUUGAGAGUUCAGAGCUGCAGUCUCAUCAGCAAGUACAAACAGAGGAGAAACGUUACAAAUGUGGUGGGUAUAGUAAGAACUUGAAUCAGUUCUCCUCUCUUAACACUUAUGAGCUUAUUCACACAGGAGAGAUGUCCUUUAGAUGCAACAUUUGUGAGAAAGCCUUUAGUAAUGGUUUAGACCUUAAUAGUACGUUAAGGGCCCAUUCUGCAGAGGAACACCAUGACUAUGAGGCGAAUGGGAAUGUCUUUGAUCAGAGGUCAUGUCUUCAAGUCCAUGAGAAAAUACACACUGAAGAGAAACUAUACACUGGUAUGGAGUAUGGGAAGGGCUUCAUUUGUUGUUCACAUCUUAACAUUCAGCAUAGAGUUCAUGUAGAAGAGAAUCUCUGUAAUUCUCAGGAGUGUGGUAAUGGCUUCAGUCUGGUUUCACAUUUUCAGGACCUUCAAAUAGACCACAGUAGGGAACAACCAUACAAACAUUAUUCAUAUAGCAACAGCUUCAGUCGAAAUUCAUACCUUCAAAGCCAUCAGAAAAUCCACAUUGGACAGAAAACUUACAUGGAGUGUGGGAAUGGCUUCAAUUGGAGUGCAAAACUUAAAGAUCAUCAGAAAGUCCACGCAGGAGAGAAGCCACACAAAUGCAAUGCAUGUGGUAAAGGCUUCAAUCAUAGAUCAGUUCUUAAUGUUCAUCAGAGAGUUCACACAGGAGAGAAACCUUAUAAAUGUGAAGAGUGUGGUAAGGAAUUCAGUCGGAGUUCAUACCUUCAAGCCCAUCAUAGAGUCCACACUGGAGAAAAACCAUACAAAUGUGAGGAGUGUGGGAAGGGAUUCAGUCGCAAUGCAUACCUUCAAGGCCAUCAGAGAGUCCACACAGGAGAAAAACCAUACAAAUGUGAGGCAUGUGGGAAGGGCUUCAGUCGUAGUUCACACCUUCAAGGCCAUCAGAGAGUCCACACAGGAGAAAAACCAUACAAAUGUGAGGCGUGUGGGAAAGGCUUCAGCUGGAGCUUUAAUCUUCAAAUUCAUCAGAGGGUUCACACAGGAGAGAAACCCUAUAAAUGUGGAGAAUGUGGUAAGGGCUUCAGUAAGGCCUCAACUCUUCUGGCCCAUCAGAGAGUCCAUACAGGAGAGAAGCCAUACCAAUGUGAUGAAUGUGGUAAGAGCUUCAGUCAGAGGUCAUACCUUCAAAGUCAUCAGAGUGUCCACACCGGAGAGAGACCAUAUAUAUGUGAAGUAUGUGGGAAGGGCUUUAGUCAGAGAGCAUAUCUUCAAGGCCAUCAAAGAGUCCACACUAGAGUGAAACCAUAUCAGUGUGAGAUGUGUGGAAAGGGCUUUAGUCAGAGUUUACGCCUUGAAGCGCACCAGAGGGUCCACACAGGAGGGAAACCAUACAAAUGUGAGGUGUGUGCAAAGGGCUUCAGUGAGAGUUCACGUCUUCAAGCACAUCAGAGGGUCCACACAGAAGGGAGACCCUAUAAAUGUGAACAGUGUGGUAAAGGUUUCAGUGGGUAUUCAAGUCUUCAAGCCCAUCACAGAGUCCACACUGGGGAGAAACCAUACAAAUGUGAAGUAUGUGGAAAGGGCUUCAGUCAGAGAUCAAACCUUCAAGCUCAUCAGAGAGUCCACACAGGAGAGAAACCAUACAAAUGUGAAGCAUGUGGUAAGGGUUUCCGUUGGAGCUCAGGUCUUCUAAUUCAUCAAAGAGUCCAUAGUGGUGAUACAUUUUAUAAAAUUGAGUUUGGUAAAGAUUAUCCUUCAUCAGAGAAUCCACAGGGAAAUGAAGUUCUGUAAAAUGGUUUUCUGUUUUGUUUUUAAGUCCUCAAAUGGAAACUGAAAUUUUCCAUUUCCUUGAGUUCUUAUAGUAGAAAAAUUUUUUUCUUUUUAGUGAACAAUAUAAUGUUUCUGCCCGUCCUCAACAUUCACAAUGGUUAGGAGACCACAUAGCAGAGAUGCCUAAUGAGAGGAGUUCCAUGAGGAGUUUGGUCAGAACCUUAUCAGUGAUUGCACAGGAGCUAGGACUUAUAAAAGACAAGAGAAUGGUCAGGAAUUUAAAAAAAACAUAAUGAGCAUGCCUAAAUCCAUGUCUGCUAGAAUGUAAGCUCCGUGAAAGAAGGGACUUUGUUCAUUGCUAAGUCAAUGAACAAAACCAUGAUGUUGUAUGUCAGUGUAGGUACUCGGUACUUUUUGUUGAAUAGUAUAAAGGUAAUAAUGUUUGAAAAUAUGUUCAUUUCCAAAAAAAGUCAUUUAAAAUUUAUUUGGAAGAGGAAUA